AAAUAUUAAAGUUAAGUUUUCAUGUGAAUUCAUAUUUGUUUUUAUUUAUAUUGAAUUUGUAUGUUAGCACUAAGCCUAUUAUUCAAGUAGAUCAUCCAACUAUUAAAAUGCUACGGAAUGGUUUAAUCCAUAUCGUUUAACCAUGUUUAUCAUAAACAUUAAACGCUUAAGUCGUUUAUCGUCAAUUCAUUUGUUCGCUUCAAUUAAAAAUUACUGUCGCCAUUCACAACAAUAUGAUGUGAUUAUUGUAGGUGGUGGACAUGCUGGAUCUGAAGCAUGUUCCGCAGCGUCUAGAAUGGGAGCCUCUACUUUGUUGGUAACACACAACAAGACAUCUGUUGGUAUGAUUAAAAAUAAUAAUAUGUUAAAUUAUAAUAUAUUUAUAUUAUUAUUAUUAUUUCACAAAUCCUUGUAAUUUAGGGGAAUUAUCGUGCAACCCAUCAUUUGGUGGUAUCGGCAAAGGACAUCUGAUGAGAGAAAUUGAUGCAUUGGAUGGAUUGUGUGCUAAAAUCUGUGAUCUUUCUGGCAUCCAUUACAAAGUAAUAUAUUUGUUCAAUGUGAAUACAAUUUUAAAAUUAUUCUAUAUAAUAAAUUAUCUAUAGGUUUUAAAUCGUAGUAAAGGACCAGCUGUAUGGGGUCUACGAGCACAAAUAGACAGAAAAUUAUACAAGAAACAUAUUCAAUCCGAACUUUUUGAAAAUACUCCUAAUCUUAAUGUUAUUGAAGGUUCUGUAGAAGACAUUUUACUAGACGAUAAUAACCAGUGCACAGGAGUUAAGUUAGGUAUUAAAAUAUAUAAUACAAUAAUAAAUUGAAAACAAAAUUAUUAAAUGCUCAAUACUCGUAAAAUAUAUAUAAUCAAAUAAUUUAUAUGUAGAAAUAAAAAAAUAAAUAAAUGAAUGUGUCACCUGGAGUAUUAUAUAUGAUAUUACAGUAAUAAUAAUAAUAUAUGCUCUGCGAUUUACCUGAUGAUGAAUUUUUAAUUUGAAACCAGUCAUACAAUACACAUCAUUAUACUCCUGGCGACUCAUUCAUUUAUUUAUUUUUUUAUUUCUACAUAUAAAUUAUUUAUUUAUUUAUUUAUUUAUUUUAUUAGAAAAUGGAACACUAUUACAAACUAAAUGUGUUGUAUUGACUACUGGGACUUUUUUAAAUGGUGAAAUGUAUAGUGGAAUGACUGUCAAGUCAGGUGGUAGAAUUAAUUCUAAAUCUUCUGUUGGGUUAGCUAAUACUUUGAAAAGAUUGAGAUUUAAAACAGGUAGAAUGAAAACAGGAACUCCACCUCGAAUCAGAAAGCAAUCGAUUAAUUUUAAAAAUUUAUCUUGGCAGCUUGGUGAUGAUACACCAACACCAUUUUCAUUUAUGAGUGAUUCUGUUUGGCUAAAAGUAAAUAAUUUAUAUUAUAUUUAUAUUCAUAUAAAAUAUAUAGGUACUUGCUGCUAACUUUUAUUUUAUUAUUUUGUACAGCCCGAAGACCAAAUAAAAACUUAUAUUACAUUUACUAAUAGUAAAGUUCACCAAAUUGUAAUUGAUAAUUUAAGUGUAAAUCGACAUAUUAAGGAAGAAGUAAAAGGUCCCAGAUAUUGUCCAUCCCUUGAAUCUAAAUCUCUUAAGUAUGUAAGUCUUUUAAUUUUAUAAUCUUUACUACAUAGUUAAUACUAAUUACUAGGGCAGAGAACUUGUAGCAUUUGCAUAUUUGUUUUGCACAGUCACAAAAAUAGCAGAGUACAAAACAAAUACGUUUCAUGCUUUAAAAAAGCUAGUUUUGAAAUUUUAUUUUGCAUAUAAAUGAAUAUUUUGAGUCCUUUUUGUUUNUUUUAUCUGUCAUUUUAUAUUUUUUGAGACAUAUUUAACUUACAUCAAUAUUUGCCACACCGAUGUUUUAAUUUCAAACAAUCAGUCAAAAUGUUUGGAUAAAAAUGUAUUUAUUUUUAAUUUUUGUCGUGUAAUAUGAUUUUGUAUGUCCACGGGCACACUUUUUUCCUAGAAGCGCUUGACGAUUGGCGAUAAAGCAAUAAUAUUAAUUUGCUGGAAUUAUUUUUAUCUAGGUAGAUAGUUGUUUACAAUUAUUUACGUAUACAUUUAUUUGAUUAGGAUUUUUAUUUAUAAAACGUUUCUAGAAACGACAAUAAUCAAUAUUUUAAUAUUUAGUCUCAGUCAGUUCUGCGGAAUGUACAUUCGUAUUAAUUGUGUCGUCUUAUUAGCCGUAUUAUAAAUUAAUUGAACAUUUUUAUUUGAUAUUUGAUAUUUGUAAUAAAAUGCCGAAAGAUAAACAGCCUUUAAGUAGUCGGUUAAAAUGUUUUAUGUCUGAGUUUGGUGCCUGUACGUUUUCGACCAACGGUAAAGUCCUGUACUGUAAAUAUUGUGACGUUAAAGUAGGGAGUGAAAAAUUUUAGGUGCAUAUUUUAAAUGCAUAUUAUGGGGUUUUUAAGUGCAUAAGUGCUUGCAUAUUUAUUGCUUUUUUAGAGCUACAAGUCCUCUGCCCUACUAAUUACUUAUAGUUUUGAUUUAAAUAAUUUUUUAGGUUCCGAGACAGAAAUCACCAAAUAUGGCUUGAAGAAGAAAGCUUCGAUAGUGAUGUAAUUUAUCCAAAUGGUCUCUCGUGUACACUACCCGAAGAACUGCAAGUAAAAAUGAUCAGAUGCAUAAAUGGACUAGAAAACGCCAACAUUAUCCAGUUUGGUAAGAUAAAUUAUAUUAAAUUCAAAUAUAUUUUACUAAUAAAGUGUGUUCAGGUUACGGAGUAGAAUACGAUUAUGUAGAUCCACGAGAACUGUAUCCCACAUUAGAAACCAAAAAGAUUAGUGGAUUGUUUUUUGCUGGACAAAUAAAUGGCACAACUGGAUAUGAAGAAGCAGCUGCACAAGGCAUAUUGGCUGGAAUAAAUGCUGGUGCUAAAGUGAAUUUAUUGAAACAUUUUGUCAUUAAAGCAAUUAAAAUAAUAUUGAUUUCUAUAGGCUUUACACAAAUGUAGUUUUACAUUAAGUAGAACCGAAGCAUAUAUUGGUGUUCUUGUUGAUGAUUUGACUACACAAGGCACGGAUGAACCCUAUCGUAUGUUUACCGGUAGAGCUGAGUUUCGUCUGCAUUUAAGACCUGAUAAUGCAGACAUCAGACUGACACAAAAAGGUUUCUUUCUAUAGAUGAUAAUGAUUAGUAGAAUUUUAAAAACAAAAAUUGUUUUGUAGAUUAAAACUAAAAAAAAUAAGUAUUAAAAUAGUAUAUAUCUUAGAUAAUAUACAAUGAAUGGGACCACAGAUCAAUAUUUUGAUGUACAUAUUAGCCAGGUGAGUAGCCUUUAAUGUGCAUGCGUGACAAUAAAUUGCAUACUUAUUCCAAUGCCUGAAUAUGAUGUAAUAAAUAUUAAAUAACUGAUGAGAUAAGUGAUAAUAAUAUACAUUUUAAUGAAUUAAAACAUGAAUUUAUUGAAUUGGUAAUAAGCUGAUAUCUGUAUAAAGUACUUAUAAUAGAUUAAAAGUACUUUAUAAGCGACUUAUAAGUCGCCAUUGGGUAUGCGCACUAGCGCACUAAAAGCUACUCGUGACGACUCAUUGCUAAUAUGUACAUCAUCGAUAUUAUAUGUUAUCUAUGGGCUGUAGCUCUAUCCAUUGUAUAUGAUCAUAGAGUUUAUAUAUUUUACAUUUAUUUUAUUGAUAGCAAUCUUUGGAAAAUAUAAUAAUUUUGUACAGGUUAUGCCAUUGGUUGUGUUAGUAAAAAACGUUAUGAUCAAACAUUGAGUAUACAAACUGAUUUGGACAAAAGCAUUAGACUAUUAAAUUCAAUUUCCAAUACCAUGUAUAAAUGGAAGAAAUCAUUAGGCUUAAAAACUAGUCGAAAUCCUGAAUACAAAACGUUUGUAAAUAAUAUUAUUACCUACACCCUUCAAACAUAUUUUUAUUGAGAAGUGUUUUAUAAACAAUUAACAGGGCCUUUGAAAUAUUGGGCUUACCCACAGAUGGUAUCACUAUACAACAGUUGGAAAUGAUAUAUCCUGAUCAAUUUGGUGGAAAGUUUACUGAUAGUAAACUUAAUGCACGCCUUAAAAUUGAAGCUUUAUAUCAAUCAUCAGUUUGUGAUCAAAAGGACGAUAUAGAGCGUGUUGAACUUGAUCAAUUUUUAUUCAUACCGGCAGACAUUGAAUACACACAGUAAUACAUCAGUAUUUAAUUUUUAUCAAUUGUAUAUUUUAGUGUUUAUUUUUAUUUGCAGUUCAUCUCUAAGUCUUUCAAAAGAAGAAAUUGAAAAGUUAACCUACAUUCGACCACAAACUGUAAACAAUAAAAGAAAUUAAUCAAUUUAAUAUAUCAUAAAUGUAUAAACUUUAUUUUUAGAUUGGAGCUGCUAGCCGAAUAUCUGGAAUUAAACCUAGCACAGUUUUGAGACUGUUGUAUUAUAUUAAAAGUAAAAAUCAACAUAAAAAUAUAGCAAUUAAUAAAAUAUAAGUAAGUAAGUACAUAAAUUGAAAUUAUUUUUUUUUUUUUAAAUUUAAUUUCUAAAAUCAUUUAUUUAAUUUAUAAUUAUCUUUUAUACGUUCUAUAUUGUUUUUAAAUGUUCAAUUGAUUUACAUAAUAUCUAAACAGUUUUAAUAAGAAUUUACAAUGACUAAUAAUUAUUAUUGUUUAUCAAUCAACAGAUUAACAAAAGCCUAUACAAAUUAUUUUUCACCUGCCACACAAGUUUACAAAAUAUACCACCAAUCACAAAGAUUACUUGACAUUCAUCCAACCUUAUCAAAUCAAAAGUACUACUAGUCAAAUAGCCUAAAUCCUGUAUGCAAUUCAGAAUAAAAAAAAUGUACUAAUUUUACGGACUGAGAACUAAUUUGGUUAUAAUAAAAUAUUAUUAAAACAUUUAAAUAUUACCUUUUAACCUUCAUUUAACUUAAAACUACCACACAAAAAAACCAUUGUAACUGCUAAGCUUCUUAUAACAGAAAAUUUGGAUUUAUUUUGAAGUUAGAAAGAACAUGAAUAAACUACCUGUAUAUAUUCUAAUAAUAAAUAGUAUUUUGGUUUUGUCUUAUAAUUAAUUUUUUGUUUUUCAAAUAUUACCAUAUGAAUGUUAUAUAAUAUUUUUUUUGCUAUUCAAAGAAAAAUUUAAACUUAUUAAACUUGUUCUGUGACUUGUUAUAUGAUAAAGUCAAAAAAAAAAAAAAAACAAUAAAAUAAAAUACAUAAAUUAAUCAAAUUUUCAAAAUGAUCUGAUCAAUUUAGUGACCAAGUAAUACAUUAACUACAAGUUUAAAAUUUCUUAAUUGUACUACUUUUUACUACUACUAAAUUUGUAUAAUAAAACUUAUUUGUACCUUCAUAUACCUAUCUAUCGUAUAUAUAUAAAAGUAAAAGUAAAUUUAACAAAAUAUUUAUAUUGUUUUAUAGUAUAAUAAAAAAAAUAAUAUAUUUAUUUAUAAAUAUUGUUUACAAUAUAAAUUUAAA